AUGGAGUACUCUGAUUGCGUGAAGGCCUUUGAUGCUUAUGCAAGCUCAGGUAAGCAAACUGACGAACUCAUUAACUUUUACAAUUGGAUUGAUGUUGUGCUUAAUGAUGAGUCCAAGCGCGAGACUCCUGCUAUUGUGUGUUUUGGUGAUAAACAAAGGUUUAUUGGGACGGCUGAGGCUGCUUCUACUAUGAUGAACCCGAAGAGUUCUAUCUCGCAGAUGAAGAGGUUGAUUGGACCUGAUGGGUAUCCUUUGAUUCACGCGCGGUAUCUUGGGGAGCCUAGAGUGUUUACUGCUACUCAUGUCUUUGCCACGAUGUUGGGGAAUCUUAAAGAGAUUGCGCAGAAAAAUUUGAAUGCGGCUGUUGUUGAUUGCUGUAUUGGGAUUCCAAUUUAUUUUACUAAUCUUCAAAGGAGAGUUGUGUUGGAUGCAGCUACUAUUGCUGGUUUGCACCCGCUUCACUUGAUUCAUGAAAGGAUAGCAACUGCUUUGGCUUAUGGGAUUUACAAGACCGAUCUUCUUGAGAAUGAUCAGCUGAAUGUUGCUUUUGUUGAUGUUGGGCAUGCUAGCAUGCAAGUUUGUAUUGCUGGAUUUAAAAAGGGGCAGCUGAAAGUAUUGGCACAUUCGUACAAUAGGUCCCUGGGUGGUAAUUUUGAUGAGGCUUUGUUUCAUCAUUUUGCUGCAAAGUUAUAUUUUACAUUGUUGUUUACACCCCUUUACUUGAUAUCAUUCUCCACCGUCAAAAAUAUGGGUUCAAAGUUGUUAUGGCACAUGGAAACUAGAAGUUGCAGUGUCAUGCAAGCCUUUCGAUACUACUUGUUCAAAUGCUUCUGA